UCUUCUCCUCUCCCCCCUCCCCCCUCGCCCUACUCCCCGGCGGCGGCGGCCUCGCUGGCGGCGGCGGUGGUCUUCCUGAUCGUCUUCACGGUGGCGGGCAACGUGCUGGUGGUGCUGGCCGUGCUGGGCGGGCGGGCGCUGCGGGCGCCGCAGAACCUCUUCCUGGUCUCGCUGGCCGGCGCCGACAUCCUGGUGGCCGCCCUGGUGAUGCCCUUCUCGCUGGCCCACGAGCUGGCGGGCGGCUGGGCCUUCGGGCGGGGCUGGUGCCGGCUCUACCUGGCCCUCGACGUCCUCUUCUGCACCGCCUCCAUCGCCCACCUCUGCGCCAUCAGCCUCGACCGCUACUGGUCGGUCACGCGGGCCGUGGAGUACGGCCGCCGGCGCACGGCCCGGCGCGUCAAGGGGGCCAUCCUGGCCGUCUGGCUCCUCUCCGCCGCCAUCUCCUGCCCGCCCCUCUUCUCCGCGGCCGCCCCGGCGGGGGGCCCGGCGGCCGGCUGCCGCCUCAACGACGAGACCUGGUACAUCCUCGCCUCCUGCGUCGGCUCCUUCUUCGCGCCCUGCCUCGUCAUGGGCCUCGUCUACCUCCGCAUCUACCGCGUGGCCAAGCGGCGCGCCGCCGGCAGGAGCCUCUCCCAGAAGCAGCCGCGGCCCCCGCCGCCGGAGGAGCUGGAGCUGGAGGAGAGCAGCCCCUCGGAGAGGCGCAGCCGGGACGAGUCCCCCCGACGCGGCCAGCGGCGCUCCUUCGCCGCCCGCCCCGUCGACUUCUUCGCCUCCCGGCGGCAGCGGCGCGGCGGCGGGGGGAGCGUGGGCAGCGGCGGCAGCGUGGGCAGCCAGGCCCGCGAGAAGCGCUUCACCUUCGUCCUGGCCGUGGUGAUGGGCGUCUUCGUGCUCUGCUGGUUCCCCUUCUUCUUCAGCUACAGCCUGUACGGGAUCUGCCGCGAGGCCUGCCGCGUCCCCGAGGGCCUCUUCAAGUUCUUCUUCUGGAUCGGCUACUGCAACAGCUCCCUCAACCCGGUCCUCUACACCGUCUUCAACCAGGACUUCCGCAGGGCCUUCAAGCGCAUCCUCUUCGGAGGCAGCAGGAGGAGGAGG